AUCAAACCUCACAUGCUGCGCAGACCUUAACUAUUCAGCACCCUGUCAUAAGCAGCGAAAGACACGUUUGUGACACUUUCAAUCAGUGGCUCGGAGAGCAGCUGGCACAGCUGGUUCCUGCCAGUGGAGUCGAUGUGGUGGAACUGGAGGAUGAAGGCACAUGCGUGCGUUUUAGCCCACUGAUGACUUCUGCAGUUUUAGGAACUGAAAUACAAGAUGUUGAUCAGUUAGUAGACUGCUUAAAAAUGAAGAUCUCAGUAUUGACAAGUACAAUGCAACUGAGAGAGGAAUUUGAGCAAGAAGUGAGAAGGACAGUAGGCCUGUUGUACAUUGAAGAUCUCAGCUGGCCAGGAUUAGGUGUUGUAAGAUACAACUAUCACAGCGAUGGGAAGAAUGAUGAAAAACAAGAAAAAGAACUAGAAAAAAUCAACACAGAGCUGCUGAAGAAAUUAAAUGAACUGGAGUCGGAUCUCAUUUUUUCCUUGGGUCCAGAAUUUGGAGGGCAGAAGAAUUGCAUUUAUAUUGGCAUGGUAAAUGAGGAUCUGGAUGUGUCGGAGUUGGUUGAAACUAUUGCAGCAACAGGCAGAGAAAUUGAAGAAAAUUCAAAAUUGUUAGAAAACAUGACUGAAGUUGUUAGAAAAGGGAUACAGGAAGCGCAACUUCAGCUUCAGAAAGCAAAUGAAGAACGACUUCUGGAAGAGGGUCUGCUACGACAAAUACCGGUGGUGGGCUCCGUGCUGAACUGGUUUUCUCCAUUCCAAGCCUCGCCAAAGGGAAGAACGUUCAAUUUAACAGCGGGCUCUCUAGAAUCCACAGAAUCCACAUACGUGUCAAAAGCCCAAGGAACAGGCACCACUCCACCACCAACUCCUACUGCCAGCCUUGCAAAGCAGAGACUUCCUGGCCAGAAAAUUUUUAAAAGGUCUCUAAGAAGUUCUGAUGCGUUCAGUGAGACCAGUUCCGUCAGCCACUGCAAUGACCUGGAGGAGAUGGAUCACAGACCCCCAGCUCUAUCCCCUGGCCAAGAGCAAGGACCUUUGGAGACAGAAAAAACAGAGCAGCGGCAGGAGGUGGCACAGUCACCACAGACAGACACUGAGGAUGUUCAGUGUGACAAAUCUCCAACUGACUGCACGACGGCAGAGGAACAAGAGAGUCAAAGAUAA